AGUCUCCGGCAGGAGGGCGUGGAUCCCGGUGCAAGCAAGAACAGGUCCAGUCUUCUCGAAACCAGUGCUGACAGCCGGAGCCAAGAGGCGGGUCUCGGUGGGCAGACUGACACCCGCGUGGAUCCUCCGAGAGCGGCCGGCAAGAAACUCCCCUGGAUCCUCCCAGAGCCCCUGGACUCUGCUCCUCCCUCUCCCCACUCCUCGGCAGCUUGGGGAGAAGUUUCCUGGAGGGAAGGUACCGGACCGAUCGGGGGUCGGAGGCGACUCAGGUGCUAUAAACUCUGAACAAUGAUCCUGUCGUAAUAGCAAGCAGAUCACAGUGGAGCUAAGGGGAACUUUAUUUACUGAGUUUCCAGGUUCUUCACAUUCUGCUCAGUCCUAAAGAAAAAGGAAGAGAGGCAUUACAUUUUCAAUCUUUCUGAACUUUCUCCUUCCUGAAGAGCUAUGGGGACACUUUUAAGUGGAAGAGGAUUAAUCACAUUUCUGAUUCUCCUCCUGUUAAAAUUGUCAACAGCAACUGAAAUACCACUCUCAGUUCCACAGGUUCCAACAAUCACUAAACAGUCCAAAGUGCAAGUUGCCUUUCCUUUCGAUGAAUACUUUCAAAUUGAAUGCGAAGCAAAAGGAAAUCCUCCACCCAUGUUUACUUGGACCAAGGAUGACAAGCCUUUCGAUCUUUCUGACCCUCGGAUAAUCGUGUCGAACCAUUCUGGAACAUUUAAGAUCCCAAAUGAGGGGCACAUAGCUCACUUUCAAGGGAAAUACCGCUGUUUUGCGUCCAAUAAACUAGGAGUGGCUAUGUCAGAAGAAAUAGAAUUCAUAGUUCCAGGUGUUCCCAAAUUCCCGAAAGAAAAAAUUGACCCUCUGGAGGUGGAGGAAGGAGACCCCAUUGUCCUCCAGUGCUCUCCUCCCAAAGGUCUCCCACCCCUACACAUUUACUGGAUGAACAUAGAAUUAGAACACAUCGAACAGGAUGAAAGAGUGUACAUGAGUCAAAAGGGAGAUCUCUACUUUGCAAACGUGGAAGAAAAAGACAGUCGGAACGAUUACUGUUGCUUUGCUGCAUUUCCAAGAUUAAGGACGAUCGUCCAAAAGAUGCCCAUGAAGCUAACAGUGAACAGUUUAAAGCAUGCUAAUGACUCAAGUUCAUCCACAGAAAUUAGUUCCAAGGCCAAUUCCAUCAAGCAGAGGAAGCCUCGCCUGCUGCUGCCUCCCCUGGACAGUGGGGGCGAGUCCUCGGUGGCCGUCCUCAGAGGGGACACCCUGCUGCUGGAGUGUUUUGCCGAGGGCCUACCAACUCCACAGGUGGAAUGGACCAAACUGGGUGGUGAUUUGCCCAAGGGAAGAGUAGGGAAAGAGAAUCACGGCAAGACCUUGAAGAUAGAGAACGUCUCCUACCAGGACAAAGGAAAUUACCGCUGCGUGGCCAGCAACGUCCUGGGAACAGCCGGUCACGAUUUCCAUGUCAUCGUAGAAGAGCCUCCACGCUGGACCAAGAAGCCUGAGAGUCGUGUGUACAGCACAGGGAGCAGCGGUAUCCUGCUCUGUGAGGCGGAGGGGGAACCGCAGCCCACCAUCAAGUGGAGAGUCAACGGCUUCCCGGUUGACAAUCAUCCAUUCUCUGGCGAUGUCAUCUUCCCCAGGGAAAUCAGUUUCACCAACCUGCAGCCCAAUCACACUGCUGUGUACCAGUGCGAGGCCUCCAACGUUCAUGGAACCAUCUUGGCCAACGCCAACAUCGAUGUCGUAGAUGUUGUUCCAUUGAUCCAAACCAAAGAUGAAGAAAAUUAUGCUACGGUGGUUGGCUACAGUGCUUUCUUACACUGUGAGUUCUUUGCUUCCCCGGAGGCAAUAGUGACCUGGGAGACGGCGGAUGAAGCCCAGCCUCUGGAGGGUAGUCGGUACCACGUUCACAGAAAUGGCACGUUACAGAUCAACAGAACCACCGAAGAAGAUGCAGGAUCCUACUCUUGUUGGGUAGAAAAUGCUUUAGGAAAAACAGCAGUCACAGCCAACUUGGAUAUUAGAAAUGCUACAAAACUCAGCGUUUCUCCUAAGAACCCUCGUGUUCCCAGAUCACACGUGCUGGAGUUACACUGUGAGAGCGUAUGUGACUCGCAUCUGAAGCACAGUUUGAGACUGUCCUGGAGCAAAGAUGGGGACGCCUUCGAAUUUAAUGGUACAGAAGAUGGCAGGAUAAUUAUUGAUGGAGCCAAUCUGACCAUAUCUAAUGUCACUUUGGAGGACCAAGGCAAUUAUUCCUGUUCUGCUCAGACUGCUCUGGAUAGCGUGGCUGAGAUGACUCAAGUCACUGUCCUUGAUGCUCCGGAUCCCCCAGAGAACCUUCACUUGUCUGAAAGACAGAACAGGAGCGUCCGGCUGUCCUGGCAAGCUGGAGAUGACCACAACAGCAAUAUCAGUGAGUAUAUCAUAGAAUUUGAAGGAAACAGGGAGGAACCCGGCAGGUGGGAGGAGCUGACUAGAGUCCCAGGAAAGGAGACAACAGCCCUGUUACCUCUGGCCCCGUACGUGAGAUACCAGUUCAGGGUCGUCGCCGUGAAUGAGGUUGGGAGAAGUCAACCUAGCCGGCCAUCGGAGCAUCAUGACACACCUCCGGCAGCUCCAGACAAGAAUCCACAAAACAUAAGGGUGGAAGCCUCUCAGCCCAAGGAGAUGAUCAUCAAAUGGGAGCCUUUGAAAUCCAUGGAGCAGAAUGGGCCAGGCCUGGAGUACAGAGUGUCCUGGAAGCCAAAGGGAGCCUCAGAGGAGUGGGAAGAGGAAACGGUCACAAACCACACGUUGCGGGUGAUGACAGCUACUGUCUAUGCGCCUUAUGACGUACAAGUUCAAGCUGUCAAUCAACUUGGUGCUGGACCUGAGCCUCAGUCAGUGACUCUUUAUUCUGGAGAAGACUAUCCUGAUACAGCUCCAGCGAUCCAUGGUGUGGACAUUAUAAACAGCACAUUAGUGAAAGUGUCCUGGUCAACAAUCCCCAAGGACAGGGUGCACGGACAUCUGAAAGGCUAUCAGAUAAAUUGGUGGAAAACGAAGAGUCUGUUGGAUGGAAGAGCACAUCCCAAAGAAGUGAACAUCCUAAGAUUCUCAGGACAGAGAAACUAUGGCAUGGUUCCCUCCCUAGAUCCCUUCAGUGAAUUUCACUUGACAGUCUUAGCCUAUAAUUCCAAAGGAGCUGGGCCAGAGAGUGAGCCUUAUAUAUUUCAGACGCCGGAAGGAGUACCUGAACAACCAGCUUUUCUCAAAGUCAUCAAAGUCGAUAAAGACACUGCUACUUUGUCCUGGGGACUACCUAAGAAACUAAAUGGAAACUUAACUGGCUAUCUAUUACAGUACCAGAUAAUCAACGACACCUCUGAGAUUGGAGAAUUAAAUGCUAUCAACAUCACGACUCCAGCAAAGCCCAGCUGGCGUCUCUCAAACCUCAAUGCAACUACCAAGUACAAGUUCUACUUGAGGGCUUGCACCUCCAAAGGCUGCGGCAAACCCAUCACGGAGGAGAGCGCCACCCUGGGAGAAGGGAGUGAAGGUGUCAGGAAGAUAACAGAAGGAGUAAAUCUUACUCAAAAGAUUCACCCCGUAGAGGUAUUUGAGCCGGGAGCGGAACAUAUAGUUCACCUAAUGACUAAGAAUUGGGGUGAUAACGAUAGCAUUUUUCAAGAUGUAAUUGAGACGAGAGGGAGAGAAUAUGCUGGCUUGUACGAGGACAUCUCCACUCAGGGCUGGUUUAUUGGACUGAUGUGUGCUGUUGCCCUCCUCACGCUAAUGCUGUUGACUGUCUGCUUUGUGAAGAGGAAUAAAGGGGGCAAGUAUUCCGUGAAAGAAAAGGAAGAUUUACACCCAGAUCCGGAAGUUCAGUCUGUGAAAGAUGAAACUUUUGGUGAAUACAGCGACAGUGAUGAGAAACCUCUUAAAGGAAGCCUCCGGUCCCUCAACCGGGAUAUGCAGGCCACAGAAAGUGCUGACAGCUUGGUCGAGUAUGGAGAAGGAGACCACGGUCUCUUCAAUGAAGAUGGAUCGUUCAUUGGCGCUUACACUGGAUCCAAGGAGAAGGGAUCAGUGGAGAGCAACGGAAGUUCCACGGCCACAUUCCCGCUGCGAGCAUGAAAGCUGCACCCGCGACCCAGCCCACCCCCACCUUCCAUAGUCGUCUGUCCAAGGGAGCAAGAACUUUCAGGGAGGGGUAGAAACAAGUCGGCAGAUGGCAUCCAGAAAACACCCACAUGCCGCGGAUGGGUGGAGAGGAAGAUGAAACACCAAACACUUCAGGCCAUGUUUGAUUUUUGCUUUUCUUUCCAGGUGCUCAAAAUGCAGAACACACAACAGAUCCUGUGUUUAGAUCCACCUCAAGUGAAUCCAAAGCACCCCCUGAGCACCCCGCAUCCACCCCAUCUUCCUGUUCAGUGUGUGCAGUGAUUGGCUGCCUUUGGGUUUAUCUCUGUGUACACAUUUAUUGUGUUCAGUCUCUGAGAACUGUCUAGUGACUUGGCUUCACGGCAGGUUAAAAGAUCCUAAGCACACCAGUUAUUUAAAAAUGUAAAAAGAAAUAUGAAUAUCUUAUUAAAACGGUUCCUGGAAUAUAUACAGUCUAAAUUUAUUAUUUAAAUUUUAGUAGCAAAAGUCUUAGGUGAAAAAGCAAUGAGUAUUUAUUGAAUUCCUAACUCUUUGCCCAGAGAUGGUCAUGUUUAAAUAGAGUUAUAGUGUUUUUAAUUUUGGUAUAAUUUUUUAAAAAGUUUUUGUCCGUUAUAACAUUCACAAGCAUCUUCGUUUCUCGUUUAUUUUUUAUCUUUAUUUUAUUUUAUUUUUCUGGCACUAACUUCAGCUUGAAAGUCGCAGUGGUCACAAGGUUAUUGUGAAGAAGAACAGGUGUAAUGUGUCCCUGGUUCUGGAUUCUAGUAGGUAUUUCUAUUUAAUUUCUUCAUUUCCAAGUUGAUCAGUUUGACCUUUUUUCUUUAUGUGAUGGUAUACUUGCAUAUAUUUCAUGAAUGCAUUGUACAUAUUAUGUUAAUAUUUCCACAAUUUAAAAAAUAGAUGUGUUUUAUUUUGGAGUUGGAAAAAGAACCUGAACAGGCAUGCCUAUACAGAUAGAAUAUAUAGUUAGUUGCCGUCUUCCCUAUUCCAAGCUCCUGCCAGUAACCUGAGCUUCCUGAAGAUUUUGUAUGAAGCCUUUGGGUUUUAUUCUUUUACCGUGUUUUACCAACAGUCUCCAAAUAAAAGCUCAUAUAAAUAUUGAGGGCAAUGUUUUCCUAUUUUUCAAAAUAAAUUUUUGUUGUUCAGUGUUCUCCUGUCCCAGUCCCCCAACAAAGAAAAACUAUUGAGAGUGGACAUUCCUAUAUGUAGAUGUGUCUAAAUCACAUUUUAAAUGCAUUUAUAGUGAGAUUUUUUUUUUUCCUUCUCUGUAUUUUCCUUCUUUCAAAGUCAGUGCAAAUUCAGGGGAUUUAUUUCCUGGCAUGUGGGCUACUAGUCCUUUGAAAAUAAUAUAUGGAAAUGUUUUAGAAGUGGUAUGAAGGACUGUUCACACAGAUCAGUAAACUUGAGUGUUCAACUUCACGUUUAAUAGAAACAUUUUUAACCUCACCCUGAAAGAAUUAAGUAUUUAAAGGAAAUUGAUUCACAGAUGUUACUUUAUUUUUUAAACUAUAAUUAUUUAAUGUGUACUGUUAAUUCUCAAACUUUGGUUUAUGUGAUCCAUUAUGUAUCUGGGGGACCCAACCCAGAGACAUUGAUAUUGGCUGAGGAAGUCAUGUGCAUGGAGUAAUUGUGUUUUUAAUUGUGUGUCCUGCAAACACACUGGCAGGAGAUGCAAGUCUUGCUUAAAACCCUCUUUCCUGGGCUGGGAAUCGACCACCCCCCUGGAAGUAAACAUCCAGAGGGGCAGAUAUCUGGUCCCCCACCCAUGUGAUUGCAAGGGUCCUCGCAUCUGUCAGUGCAGCUUGAGGGCAUCACCAGCUGAUUUCUAAGGCACAGCUUUCAUGGAAGGGGAAUCCUCACGUACUGAUUUAUCGGAGAGGCAUUGGUGAUGCUCAGCUUCUGACCAGGUAAACUCUCUGGAACUCUCAAUUCUGCCAUUAUUGAAUUCCUCUCCUUAACCAUCCACUGAGAAGUGGUUUUAAGAAGAUCUUGUGGGUUGGAAAUAAUGUCCAAAGGGUGAGAAGUAGCUCCAUUAGAAAUGUUAUGAUCUUAAGUCAGAAGUGAAUGCACAUAUUGAAAUGUUGGUUCUUCUCAGACUUCAUUGUUCUUUAGCUGAGAACAAUGUGCCUAAUUAUCUUCUCAGAGUGGUCGAAACUGACAGACAUGUUGGUUCACGCCUGUCUUGUGCACUGUCUGUUGCCUCUUCUCAAUACAAUUCGGCUUUUCCUAGAAACCUUCUUCAUGACAGUCCAUGACUUGCCCUGGUUUUAUAUAUGAAAUUAUAUUAUUUAUGUGUUUUAAGAAUCAGGAUCAGUUUUAAAUGAAAAAAAAAUCAAGUAGGUUAAAGUGGAUUUUAUUCUUUUCCUUCAGAAAAUGAGUAACAGAAUCUGUGAUAUGCACUGUUGGUUAUACAUAGGCAAUAAUUAUUUGCAAAAUGCCCACUGUAAGAGCAGCCAGUACCUAGAAUUCUGUCCUUCAUUGGGUUUACUUUCUCUGGCAUACUGUCCGUGUGACUUUAAUGUGAUCGAGUGCAUAUAAUCUCAAGGAUUGUGGAUGGGGACAGCCUCCCAGAGAGCCUGUCCAAGGGCCAAGCAAAUCCUUCUCUUCUUCCUGGUUCCAGCAUCUGAUUUUGUACAUCAACUUAGACAAGUUGCUUAACUCCUUUGCUUCAAACUCUCAACUACAAAGUGCUAAUGAUCUUUGUCACAGGGUGUUCUUUUUUAUGAAUAUAAAUUUGCAAGUGAUAAAAGCUAAGAUGCCUUUUAACUUCAUCAACAAACCUGUAAUGAAUUAUGUAAUCUAAAAGUCACUCCCCACACACCAACUCAACAUUUUUCCUGCAAGCACAUAAAUAUAUUUUUAUAGAAGAACAACUCUACAGAAAAAAAAAAUAAAAUAAAAUAAAUCUACUGCUCACUGAGUGGUACGAUUUGCACAUGCCAUUGAAAAUUAUUAAUCAGAAGAAAAUUAAGCAGGGUCUUUGCUAUACGAAAGUGUUUUUCCACUAAUUUUGCAUGCAUAUUUAUAAGAAAAUGUGAAUUUGGUGAAUUUAUUCUGUUGGUAUAAAGGCAUCUGAUAUUUUAGAUGUACCCAUGUUUAUAAAAGUGUAGAGCACAAUGAAAUUAUGCUGGAAGUCGCAAAUAAUAUUUUUUCCUAUUUUAUAUUCAUGGAAGAGAUGAGCUAAAGAGAAAACAAUAAUGAGAAUGUUGGUGUGUUUUUCUAAGCAUCUGAAACGUAAAUUGCCAAUUGAAACCCUAAAGAUGUUUACAUGCCUUUAAGAUAUCAUUCUUGUAACAGUUUUAAAUUGAUUAUCAUGGGAUUGGGUUUGUAAUCUGUGGUAGUCCAUAUCCUGGUGUUCCUAUAGUGUAAUAAGGAGGGCUGAGCCAAAGCUUAUUUUAUUUUGUAUCCUAAAUUGUUUGAUUACAUCAUCAGAAGAGAUAAGGGUAGAUAGAGGAGGUUCCUCCCCAAUUUCCAUUUUUUUUUUUACUUAGGUCAAUAUUCACAGUAGAACUUUAUUGAAAUGUGUUUGUAUUGUAGGUGGUGUUUGUAUUAUGCUUCUGACUAUGUAUGGUUCAAAAAUAUUUUCACUACACAUGAAUUCAGCUUUCAAAAUAAAAGUUCAACUUCAUGUACUCUA